UUUCUGUACCAAAAGCGGUAACCCCGAGCUACACUCGCGCUUACCAUGCGGCGCUGCAUAGGGAUUCCCUGCAGAGCUUACCUUGUCCUUCGCUCCCGCGAUGUGUCCCCUGCAGCGUCCCCGGCCAUCUCCUCCGGCCGAUGCCGGCAUCCGGCUUCUGUGCUCCGGUCCCUGUGAUGUCGGGACGUACGGGCGCCGGAACCAGCAGGAAAUUUGAAAAUUUUUCAAAUUUUUAUUUUUUUCAAAACUAAUUUUACAUAUGCUUUGUCCUGUGCCCUGCCUGCAUUUUUACAGUUCUUUCUG